GGGAUGGUUUAAUCGAGAUCUCCCAUUUCUGUUGUUGGUUUACUUGUCUCGAAUUUUCGCAGGAAGAGAUUAGCACAAAGUACUCAUCUGAUUCAGUCCAUGGCUGCCACAGCUCUUUUCCGAUCGAUUCGCCGACGCGACGUCGUCUCUGCGCCUCUUUCCGUUUACAAAUCUCUUGCUGGUAAUGCUCAACCUUCAUGGGGUAGUUCAUACACUGGUCAAAACUAUGCAAGUUUGUGUAGAGCUUUCGGGUCAAAACCUGUUGUGAAUGACAUUCUUGGUACUGGUUUGGGCACUAAUAAUGCCAUUAGAGAGGAGAGAGAGCACUCAAAAGCUAAUGAGACUGCAACUGUUGGAGCUCAAUUGACUCGAUCUUUCCGUACUCUUGAUGUGGGAACAUCGAAACGAUUGUUCUCAACAAUCUCAGGGGAUAUAAAGACAACACAGGAGGAACCAAAAACCAAAAGCUUUCGCCCUUUAUCUCCUCACCUUACUGUUUACCAGCCUCAGAUGAACUCCAUGCUAUCGAUUUUCAACAGAAUCUCAGGGGUUUACUUGACCGGAGUCACUUUCGCCGGCUACCUUCUCUACCUGAAAAUGGGUAUGAUUUGCCUCACCUACCCGAGUUUCUACCAAGUCCUUUACCAUACACAACAGCAACUUCCAGUCAUCACCUCGGUUACUGCAUUAGCCGCAAUUUACCAUACUAUCAAGAGUACUCACUCACUCUUGACUCAUUAAAAACCUUUCCCGAAGCUCUUUCGAUGAAGCCGCCAAAGUCUCCAGUAAGAGUUUCCUUGAGAUGAUUAAUAAGGAGGCAAGAAACAUUUGUCAAACUCUGUCUUGAAAAGCUAAAGAUUUAACACCUGUUUUUUGGAUUCGAGGCUAUGUUUGUUGCUUUUCUUUGUUCUCAGACCUUUUUGAAUGAUGUAAUAAAUGGUUACCAAUGUUCUGUUGCUACGUUACUCUUUUGCUACAACUUUUUUUUCUUCA